AUGUACCUGCAGCGAGUGGCGGCGACGACGGUUCAGGUUCAGAGAGGGCACCAGAACCCGAAGCGACGCCGAGAAGUUCCUUGA